UGUCAGCCCGCGGAUCUCAUCGCCCGCUCCCCACUGACCCGCAAUUUUCGCGUGGGCUCAGAGGCGGAACGACAACAAAAAAUGGCGGAGCGGAGCCAGACGGCGCCUGAGGCAGGCAGUGACAUGGGAAAUGAUGAUGCCAUCGGAGGGAAUGUGAGCAAAUAUCUGAUGCUUCCAACUGGAUACUGUGGACAGCCCAAGAAAGGACAUCUUAUCUUUGAUGCUUGCUUUGAAAGUGGUAACCUUGGACGGGUGGACCAGGUCUCUGAGUUUGAGUAUGAUUUAUUCAUUAGGCCGGACACCUGUAAUCCUCGCUUCCGAGUCUGGUUCAACUUUACUGUUGAAAAUGUGAAAGAAUCACAGGUGAGAGAAUUAGUGGAUCCCCUCAGUGUGGUUUUGAGAGUCAUUUUCAACAUUGUUAACUUCAGCAAAACUAAAAGUCUUUAUAGAGAUGGGAUGGCCCCUAUGGUGAAAUCUACCAGCAGACCAAAAUGGCAAAGACUGCCACCCAAAAAUGUCUACUACUACCGCUGCCCAGACCAUAGGAAGAAUUAUGUGAUGUCCUUUGCAUUUUGUUUUGAUCGAGAAGAAGAUAUUUACCAAUUUGCUUACUGCUACCCUUAUACGUACACUCGCUUUCAGCAUUACCUUGACAGCCUGCAAAAGAGAAACAUGGAUUACUUCUUCCGGGAGCAGCUGGGUCAGAGCGUGCAACAGCGGCAGCUUGAUCUCCUGACGAUAACCAGCCCCGACAACCUUCGGGAGGGGGCAGAGCAGAAGGUGGUAUUCAUCACAGGACGAGUCCACCCAGGGGAAACACCCUCUUCAUUUGUGUGUCAAGGGAUCAUUGAUUUCCUCAUAAGCCAGCACCCUAUUGCUCGUGUCCUACGGGAACACCUGGUCUUCAAGAUUGCACCCAUGCUCAAUCCUGAUGGUGUCUACCUGGGCAAUUACAGGUGCUCUCUGAUGGGGUUCGACCUGAACCGCCACUGGCUGGAUCCCUCUCCAUGGGCCCACCCCACCCUGCAUGGGGUGAAACAGCUCAUCAUUCAGAUGUACAACGACCCCAAAACAAGCCUGGAGUUUUAUAUUGACAUCCACGCCCACUCCACCAUGAUGAAUGGUUUCAUGUAUGGCAACAUCUUUGAGGAUGAAGAGCGGUUCCAGAGGCAGGCGGUUUUCCCCAAGCUCCUCUGCCAGAACGCCGAGGACUUCUCCUACUCCAGCACGUCCUUUAACCGGGAUGCUGUGAAGGCAGGAACUGGCCGUCGCUUCCUCGGAGGGCUGCUGGACCACACUUCUUAUUGCUACACCCUCGAGGUUUCCUUCUACAGCUACAUCAUCGGUGGCACCACAGCUGCUGUGCCCUACACAGAAGAAGCCUAUAUGAAGCUGGGGCGGAAUGUGGCGAGAACAUUUUUGGAUUAUUACCGGCUGAACCCCAUGGUCGAGAAAGUGGCGAUCCCCAUGCCAAGGCUGCGGAAAGGAAAACCCCCUUCCUACAAGCACCCAAUCCUGCGGGGCCCGGCCAGCAACCACCCUAACGGCAAAGGGGACAAGAAGAGCUCAGUGAACCACAAAGACCCUUCAAACUCUUUUUAA